AUGAAGGCCAGGGUUGCACGGGGCUGGUCGAUGGAGGCCCUGGGGAGAGGGGUCAAGCUGGCGAGGGAGGGACGAGCUCCUGAAGCGAUCCCACACUACCUCAAGGCCCUGGAGCUGGACCCGACAAACCCCGACGCGCACGUCGCGCUGGGCGCGGCCCAUGCCAACGCGGGAAGCUGGCAGGAAGCCGCCGACGCCAUGGCCGCCGCCCUGGCCCUGGACCCGGACCACGCCAACGCCCUGGCCUACGAGCGGCGCAUCGCCCAGCGGGCGAAAGAGGAGGGCGACGACGAUGCCGUCGACUGGCCCCGCUCGCCCAGCCCCGAGCGCGGGGAAGGGCUGGACCUGAGGAGGGCGCUGCGCAUCGUGAAGAAGCAUCGCCGCCAGAAGGGGGGCGCACAGCAGGGCCACAAGACCAAGCACAAGCGCAGGCACAGUAAGAGCCGCAAGCACAAGCACCGAUCUGGCGAUUGA